AUGGGUAAAAGAAGUAAAGAUAAGCGAGACUUAUAUUAUAGGAAAGCUAAGGAACAAGGGUAUAGAGCCAGGUCUGCAUUCAAGUUGCUGCAAUUGAAUGAGCAGUAUCAUUUUUUGGAUGACCCAAAUUUGAAAAGAGUUGUUGAUUUAUGUGCAGCUCCUGGUUCAUGGUCACAAGUUUUAUCUAGAAAAUUAUUUGUUGAUAAUAAGUCAGAAGAUGAUAGUGGUAAAAAAAUCAUUGCAGUCGAUUUGCAACCAAUGUCCCCAAUUGAUAAUGUUACGUGCCUGCAAGCUGAUAUUACGCAUCCAAAAACAUUCAAUAAGAUUUUAGAAUUAUUUGGUAAUGAAAAAGCACAGUUUGUUUGCAGUGAUGGUGCACCAGAUGUGACAGGUUUACAUGAUUUAGAUGAAUAUGUUCAACAACAAUUGAUUAUGAGUGCAUUGCAAUUGACAACAUGCAUAUUGGAGAAAGGUGGUGUUUUCAUUGCCAAAAUUUUUAGAGGUAGAGAUAUCGAUUUGUUAUAUUCACAAUUAGGAUUCCUUUUCAAAAAAAUCAUAUGUGCUAAACCAAGAUCUUCAAGAGGUACAUCAUUAGAAGCUUUUAUUGUUUGUUUAGAUUACUGUCCACCUAAAGAUUGGGUUCCUAAAUUAGAUUUAAAUAAAUCGGUUACAGAAUUUUUUGAAGGUUGCAACAUCAAAGAAAUACAUAAUAAUUCAAUCAUAACGAAAUGGUAUGAAGAAGAUAGAGAUAUAGUAGAUUUCAUGACAUGUGGCAGCUUAGAUGCAUAUGAUUCAGAUGCCACAUAUCACAUUGAUGUUAAAGACGAGUUAUCUAAUGACUUAUUAAACGUAUCUCUAAAUCCAGUUCAAAUGCCUACAAACCCACCAUAUAAAAGAGCUCUAGAAUUAAAAAGAAAGGGUAAACUAACACGCUCUAUAUAA